AAUUAAAUAUAACUCCCAAACACAAUAUAUAUCAAAGAAUCCUUGAAGUUGUUUUACUAUAAAGUUGAUCAAAUUCACCGGUUCUAACCCUCUCAAAAAUAUUCACCAUCAUUACUAAAACAUGGCAGAGAAAGUUGAUGAUAUUGAAGAAAUAAUUAUAAGAGAUAAAUCAGAAAGUGCAUCAUCAAAAUUCAUGUCGAAAAUCGAUGACGAUACACUCUCAGAAAUUUUGGUCAGAGUCUAUGAUUAUCAAUACUUAAUUCAAUGUAAGUUGGUAUGUAAACAUUGGUAUUCUCUAAUAUGUUCUGAUCACUUUAUUCGUACUUUUAUUCAUGAAAGUCAUAAACACCAACAACAACUAGAAACCUUAACAUAUGAUGUUUUUCUCAACUUACUUCCCAUAAAACAAUUGUUUAUAGAGAAAUCAAAUAUUCAUGAUUUAAGUUGGUUUUCUACAAUACUUAAAAAGAGAGCAACAAAAGAGUAUGGAUAUGUGGAUAGAUUUUAUGAUGGACACAUUAGGGCUACCUACAAUGAUUUGUUAUUGAUUUCUUAUACCACACAAGAUUGCCACGAUUACUACAUAUGUAACCCUUUUACUAAACAAUGGAUUCCCCUUCCUCCACCACCUAAAAUAAUGUCCACUACAAAUUUUAAUUACAUUGACUAUUUUGACCCUUUCCUUUAUGGAUCAUCUAUCCCUAUAUUCAUUAGAUUUGUGUUUGAACCUAGUAAGUGUUGCAACAAAGUACAAUUGAUGGGGUGUAAUUGUAUGAAUGGUACUAGUACUAGGUUUAGGGUUUUGUUGGUUACUUCUAGUAGAGGUAUUCAUGAUCCUGAUCUUUUGUUUUGUUCGGAGACUAAAAAAUGGAGCAAAAUUACCCUUUCUUUCAAAUCUGAAGGAAUGAUAUUUGAUGUGGUUGCAAAUAAUGGGAUUUUCUAUUUUUUUGAAACAAACAAUAUGAAGCUAGUAGCUAUGGAUCCCUUUAAAGAUAAAAAAAAUUGGUUUCGUGUCAUUAGCUUGCCGUCUAGUUUAAUAAAAACACGCUGCAAAGAUCAAUUUUUGGUAACACACUUCAGCCUGGUUAGAAAUCAAGUGCGACUGUUAUUUACUAUUAAUGAUGACAAUGAUUAUGACAAGAAAUUUCAUGUUAUUUGGGAGUUAAAUACCAAUGGUGAUGAUGAUGAUGGUAGAUCAACAAAGCAAGAUUGGGUUUUGAAGAAUGUGAUAACUACUUUGAAUACAUCUUGGUGUUAUUUCUAUCCUGGGAAUGGCGAUCUUAUGUUCUUCGCAGAUAAAUAUAAUAACAUAUAUUUAUUUGAUAUUAAAAAGAAUUAUCGAUUUGAAAAAUCUGAUGAAAAAUAUUGUAUAAGUAAAAUUAUGACCCUUAAGCAUCCUGUUUGGCCUACACCUCUUCCAUCCACAUGGUAA